GCGAAGCCCCGAGCAAGUUACGAUUUUGAUAAACAAGUGUUGUCUAUAAAAAAGUCUAAUUGGCAUUGUAUCGCGUUAUUUUAGCAGCUCAAAUUUCAUCUAAACGGGUGAUUACCAUAAAUCAACAAGUCCUUUAUCGUAUUACCAGUGUCUUUAUUGCAAAUGACAAUGUGAAGUGAAGUAAGACACGAUUAUACGAGUUCAUCAUUUAUUUCUCCGAAUCUAGUUCACGUAUAUUUGUUUCCAAUUAUUUUCCACUGUUUACUCAUCUAAACUAUUAAUUAGCAUAUAUCAGGCUUGUCGUUUAUUCGCAUAAUCACAAUCCGAGUCGUCGUAAAUCGAGGCGUUAUUAUGGAAUAACCUGUGUUGUUAUUGUCACGUGUCAGUGUUUGUGUUUUGUUUGUGCACGAUUUGAAGGACGUGUAUUCGUGACGUCACCGCACGAGCCUCCUGCGAAUUAAUUUCGGAAUUUAUUUAUCGGCUUCAGUCGAAGGUGAAAUUGCAGUUUCUCAGUUCCUGUUUCGUAUCGAGUUCGCGAAUACUGAUAUUUUCUUAUUGUAGGAUAGGAUACGUGUGACAUCUGUUAAUUAAUUGGAAACGGUGGUGUUUCGAUUAAAAUUCGCAUAGUGUGCUGUGAAAUCGGAGCGUAAGAUUAUAAACAAAGCGGAUUUUUCGUCUAGUCAUCCAUGCUAAAUUUAAUGGGGACUUGUUAAACGAUUGUGUUUCCUCUGUGUUGUGAUUCGAAUUGAUCGAGUGAUACGAAAAUCGUUGUGAUCCCCUUCGAUUGUUUGUCGUCUUUUGUUUUGUUUUUAAUAAGUUCCUGCCAUGGGCGACUUUGGCAAGGACUUCUUCCUGGACCCCGGGAUAACGAUCAAGCAGGAACCGGACAACAAUCUACAACAAUCGAACAACAUCAACAACACGUCGGCGAGCGUCCCCAUACCGAGACGCGACGCGAACAAUUACAGGGACUUCGCCUUCGAUUUCGACAACUCCCAAUCGCCCCUUUACUGCGACAUCGGCCUGAACAACGCCCAAAUGCCCGGCGUGCAGGACCCCUUUCAGGGCGACUCGCCGUCGUUGAAUCGGCUGAUUUACAACGAUGAAAUGCUGAAAUCCGAAGCGUUCAUACACAGCAUGGACGACGAUGAUAUUUUCCAAGUGGACAAGGCCGACUUGAUACAGGGGCCCACGUUGGCCGAGCUCAACGCCAACGAUGAUAAUUUAUUAGGCGACUUGAAUUUCGACGAUUUACUGUUACCCGAAGAAAACACUUAUAUAAUCCUGGAAAAAGGUAAUUCCCAAUACGCCAGCCAUCGAUUUAACAAUAAUCCAGUUACGUCUUUGCCCUCUCAAGGACUGCUCUAUAACAAGGACCUCGACGUUCCAACCUCCAUACAAUUCGGUACACCGGAUAAUUACAACAAAUUGUACAAAACGGCCUUUUCGCCGGAGAGCCAGACCAGUUCGAGCUCGUCGCUCGUCCAUUCGCUCUCGUCCCCGUCGAAUUUCCCGCCGAAACGCAGCGCCCUGCAGGACCUCUUGGUCAAGAAGGACGUCCCGUAUAACGAUUCGCCCGAUCACAGCGUGCUGGGCCAGUCGUUUCCCGAACGGAACUCGCUCGCCCGAUCGGCCGCCUUCGGCCACAAAUCGGCCCGCCCCACCACCGCCGAGUUGUCCUCGUCGGCGCCGACUCACCUGGGUUUCGAGCAGCUGUGGCAGAGGCGGGAGCCCCGCAAGCACCUGCUCUCGACGGGGUCUCUUGCGGAGGCCGGUUCGACUUCUUCGUUAUCUACCGGAGGAGUAUUGAGCCCGGAGUUGCCCGAUCUGUCGCAAGACGAAGAUACCGAUGAAGACAGCGACGGCCAUUACGAGGACAUGUCUUCCGAAAACGAUUCCGAUGAUGAUGACGAUGACAAGCACGGCAGGCAUUCGAACAGCAAGAAGGAACGGUACUUUUGGCAGUACAACGUCCAAGCGAAGGGCCCCAAAGGGCAGAGGCUCGUCAUGAAGACGAAAUUGGAGGAUCCGCAUCGUUUGCACGAGAUCACCGAUCCCGUUUUCAGCCCCGAUUGCUCCGUGAGAGGCAUCAAGCACAGCGGCAAGGCGAGAAAAGGUGACGGUAACGACCUGACGCCGAACGCCCGGAAAUUGUUCAGCAUCGGCAAGGAAUUGGACAAAUUGAACAGGAUCAUCACCGACAUGACGCCCGUCAGCGAGUUGCCGUUCAACGUCAGGCCUACUUCGCGCAAGGAGAAGAACAAAUUGGCAUCGAGGGCGUGCAGGCUCAAGAAGAAGGCCCAGCACGAGGCUAACAAGAUCAAAUUGAGCGGUUUGGAGGUCGAACAUAAGCGACUUCUGCACGGCAUUCAUAACGCCAAGCAAAUUUUGAACGCCAAAUUGGGCGAGCAAUCGCAGGAGAAGCAGGAUGAACUCACCGUGGCUCUGGAGAAGAACUUCAAAAACGCAUCCAAAAUCAGGAUAGCCGGUCAAACGACCGAAUACGUCAACAAGAUAUUGGACAAGUACAAGUCGAAUACGCACAGUAGUUCAAAUGCACCGGCGAGUCUCCUCGACGAUUUAUAAAUGUAUUCGAAAAGGUAUAUUUAUAUAGUUUUUAUUUUGUUGAAAAUCUCGAUAUUUUAAUGCAAAUUUUAUAAUAUUGCUCUAUUUAUUAUAAUGGCACGGCGAAUUUGAAAUUUCGAUUUUUUUUACCAUUCUCGUUAAAAGUUUAAGAUAUUUUCAACAUAAACAUCGUUAAAUAAGAUUCUAAAUAGUCCGUAAGAGAUUUAACUAGUAGUUAUAAAUUGUUCGAAACCGUAUUUUUUUAAGAAUUGAUAUUUAAGCACGAUAGCUGAAGAUGACCUCUCGUACAGUCGAAACGUCGAUUUUUCCAAUCCCUCAUUCACCUGCAAACUCAUCCCAUCGAAAAUCUCCCAAUUUACGCUUACCCAGCAGCGGGCAACGUCCCUUAACCCCCCAAAUAAACGAAUUUUACAUAAGAAAAAGUAAAUUCCCCCGAACCUUCAACUCCCAGUAUUCGUAAGAUAAGUUAAGACCCUUUUUUUAUUAUUGUAAAUUUACAAUUUGUAUAGUUUUGUUGAUUUUUCUGUUUUUUUUAUCUACACUACAGUACCUAAAUUUAGAGCUUUAAUUGUUAUUUAUCUAAAAGUUUAAGAUAGAUGUUAGAUACAUUCGAGAUAAUCUAUUUUUUAAGUAGAUGUGUGCGUGUGUCGAAGAAAUUGAAUAAAUAUGGAAAAAGUGA